AUCGCGGAAGGGAACCCGAGCGGCGUCUACGCUUUGCGCGGCUCCUCCCCCAGGUUGGGUGUCUUGACAUCGGUCACCACCACCAUGCCUGUUCAGCCUCUGCCUAAAGAGAUGGAAGGCGAAGGCGAUUCGGCCACAGAAAUGAACGGCGAGGAAGAGAGCGAGGAUGAACGCAGUGUCAGCCAGUCGGAAUCCGAAGAGGAAAGUUCAGAGAUGAACGAUGAAGACUACGAACGGCGCCGGGCAGAAUGCGUGGAUGAAAUGCUAGAUCUGGAGAAGCAGUUUUCUGAAAUCAAAGAAAAGCUUUUUAAGGAGCGUCUGAAUCAGGUGAAGGCCAAGUUGGAAGACGUGAUGUCGGGAAAAGCCGCCGAAUACCUCGACCCCCUGGCCGUGUUGCAGAAUCACAUGCAGAUCCAGAUCGAAGUGGCUGGGAUAUAUAGAGGUUUUUGCCUGGAAGUCAUCAAGCACCGACAUGGGUGUGAGCUGCAAGGAGCUCAACAACAUCUGGAGAGCGAGAAACUGCUGCUGUUCGACAGCCUUGAGGAGCGUCUGCUGGAGCGCAUCCAGCGUUUGGAAGAUGACAGACACAGCGUGGGCCUCACUUCCGAGUGGUGGGACGGCAAACUUCGGCCCAAACACAGCUCCAAAGAGUGGGACUCCCUCUGGCCCAGCAAGAGGAAGAAACCGCCGUUGGUGUCUGGCCCGUACAUCGUCUACAUGCUGCACGAUAUCGACAUUAUGGAAGAUUGGACGGCCAUCAAAAAGGCAAAAGCUGCUGUGUCGCCCCCCAAGAGGAAGCUUGAAGGCCCGCUGAAGACUGACAAGCUGUCUUCCCCGCCCCUUUUUGCCGCCCACUGUGAGGAUGGCCGCCUGCAUUACGAGAGCGAGGUCUACGUCAAAGGGGAAAGCAUCUACUUGCAAGUGGGAGACGAGACCCCUGUCCAGGCUGUGAUCACCGCCAUCAGCACCGGGGAAGUCUGGCUGCGCCGGGAAGAUGCUAGCAAAACCAAGAUCUACGUUUCCCAGCUCCAAAAAGGCAAAUAUUCCGUCCACAAGGCUUAAGAGCAUCCUGUGCGGUGUGUGUGGGG